ACACACACACACACACACAAACACAAACAGACCUGACAGGCUUCGCAUAGUUGUCUCUGCAGAUCCACUUCAACAUCUCUCAGAAUCACAAGACAAGAUUCUUCAUUGAAUUAAUUAAGGAUGAAGAUAGCUGCAGUGGCUGUUGUGGUCCUGCUGGGGGCACUGUGUCCAUGCUUAAUGGCACAAGUAAGCACUCCCAUAAAUAUUCUAUGGCAAGCUGCAGCUAACUGGACCGGGGAUCUGCCCUGUGGAGGUUGGGACUGUGAUUGUGUGUUCAGGAAUUCAAAAGGCUGCUGUUGUGUGGCUGUACCUCUUUUCCAGCUGGAAGAGACAACCUUCAUGCGCAUGGUAGACCUAUGGAAGGAUCUGAACAGCCUCAGUAACAAGAUUCAGGAAAUUACUGCCAGACGUAAUGUUGCAUUUGCGGCCUCACUGACACAAAUAACUGGAUGUUUUGGACCUUUCAACAAGAAUGUGUCAAUCUCUUACUGCAAUGUGACACUCAACCAAGGCUAUGGGUAUAAUCAAGCACUGGGAACUUUCACAGCCCCACGAGCUGGUCUUUACUCCUUCUCCUACACGGUUUACUCUAAUGUGGGAGCAGAAGGAGAGCGCAUCUACUACAAGGUACAGCUAAUGAAAGACGGCCAGGUGAUAGCCUCCUCUUGGGAAGACAACCGUGAGGACUCGGAGGACAGCGCCACGCAGACAGUGCUCCUUCAGUUGAAACAAGGCAACCAGGUUUAUAUGGAGCUGGUGCUUGGAAGGUUUCUGUGUGCAGACACGCAAGGCUACAACUCCUUCAGUGGAUACCUGGUUUAUCCGAUGUCUGACAUUUAA